ACGCUCAGCGAGGAUAGACCAACCUGACCAAGUAAGGGUUAACUCACGCAGCCCUGUGUUCCCUCCUCCUCACGUCGACUCCGCGCUCACGCACUCUUACACAGACAGACACAAACUUUCCCCGCUGAGGCCAGCAGAGAGACAGGAGAGUCACCGAACCACAUGUUGCUCUCUCGGAGCGUUGUCUUCUCUCCUUCUCCGUAACUACUGCUGGAUCUGCUCUGGUCUCAUCGCUCCAUGGGACUCCAGAGCUGGCCACCAAUCAGACCAGAACUGUCCUCCAUGGCUUGCCUGGAUGUGGAGAGCCCCUCCAUUUGCAGGGGGAAAUUCAAAUCAGUCCUUCAGCACUGUCUGCAGCAGAGGAGAACUCGGGAGCAGCUAGUGGAGCAAGGCAUCAUGCCGCCUCUGAAAAGCCCAGUUGCCUUCCACAAACAGAUUCACAGCCUACAGCGAGCCAGGACUGGGACUUUUCUAAAGCAUAAAUUGAGCAGCAGACCGGAUCGCUCCGAAUUGGUCCGUAUGCACAUCCUAGAAGAAACACAGGCGGAGCCCUCCCUGCAGGCGACGCAGUUGAGACUGAAGAGGGCCAGACUGGCCAACGACCUCAACGAGAAAAUCGCCCAGCGACCUGGACCCAUGGAGCUGGUGGAGAAAAAGAUCCUGCCUGUCGACUCUGGAGUCGAAGAAGUCAUAAACAAUUGUGAGGCGGAUUACUCAGACACACCACAUGUUCCAGAUGUUUACAGCUUUGAUGAGGACAGCAGUGAUGCUUUAUCACCACAGCAGGCCAACAGCCAACCAUCUCCUUCCCAAACUUUACCCUCCCCUCGGGAGUCGAGGGAAACCGAGGUCUCUUAUGCUUCCUCUGACUUCAGCCCUCCCCCACAGCUCUCCCCACCAGGCUGCUCUCAGUCAGCAUCGGAUGUCUCCACGUCAGAGAAGCCGAGUGGCCUGGAAGCUCACCAGCCUAACGCCGCUGUCAUCCAAGGCAUUUCGCCAGGCCAAGUUCUUGUGAAACAAACUUUGGCGAAGCUAGCCACGGACAAAAGCCGCAGCAAAAAGAACAAAGAGCCCAAGCCGCGGGUGAAAAAACUCAAAUAUCAUCAGUACAUCCCCCCUGACCAGAAGCAGGAGGUCAGCGACGUGCCGAUGGACUCCUCUUACGCCCGUCUCCUGCAGCAGCAGCAGCAGUUCCUCCAGCUCCAGAUCCUAACCCAGCAGCAGCAGAAGUACAACUGCCAGGCCGUUGUACCUGUCACGCUGAACAUAUCCACGGCUGAGAUGCAGACCAGCUGCUCGGCUCUCGUGCUCAGAGGAAGCUCGCCGUCGACUCCUGUGCAGUUCCACCACACCGGCACGAAAUCGGAUCAGCUGCCAGCUAAUAUCGAUGAGAUGAAGGUUGCCGAGCUGAAGAUGGAGCUGAAACUCAGAUCGCUGCCUGUUUCCGGGACCAAGACGGAUCUAAUAGAGAGACUGAAGCUGCAUCACGAGAGCACGAAGAGUCAGCGUGUUGCUGCCAUGGAGUCAGGAGCUUCUGCAGCCAACUCGCAGGCUGAAAACGUUCAUUUGACACCGCCUGUUUCCCUCAUAGCUUCCAAAGUUUCCAAAUUGGGAAUUGAAGAUAGUAAUAUGAAAGACAUUCAUGCAAAGUCAGUUUCAGAGAGUUUGUCUAAUGCUGCCCUUUGCACAAGCCCCUUAAAUGGACCUCCGUAUGAAGAGGGCCCCGCAGACGCAACGUUCACCGAGAAGGACUCUGAAAAAGACAAGCGGCUGCACGAGAAGGAGCGUCAGAUAGAGGAGCUAAUGAGGAAGCUGGAGCAGGAGCAGAAGCUCGUCGAGGAGCUAAAGAUGCAGCUGGAGGUGGAGAAAAGAAGCCAGCAGAGUGACUCUCCGCCUCAUCCUAACUCGCUGCUGCCGAUCCAGAUAAAAGAGGAAAACGGGAAUCUGUCAAACUGCUCUUUGUCCUGCAGCUCACCUGGUCAGCAUGUGCAGAUCAAACAGGAGGAGCCUUCAGAUCACGUAACCAGCCCGAAUCAGUUUGCCAUCGGUCAGCGGACCAACACAAACGGUGAAAACCCGCAGCCUGCCCAGGUCCUCCUGCCCACAUCCUCUCCUGGCUCAGCAGUCGCCGUCGAGCUCCCUGCCAACGGCGUUAAAUUACACACCACUGUUAAGAGCACAGCUCCAGGCCGCAUCCCGGCCUCUGGACAUGAGCCACAGACACCGGCAGAACUGCAACAGCAAUGCCUCACUCAAACCCCGCAUCUGGCAAAGACGUGGGGAUUGGAUGGCGAGGGGCAAAACGUACUCGGUGCGUUCCUGGUGUCUGGAUGCGAUCGUCCUCCCUCUCAGCAAGCUCCCCCAGAAGCACUCAUAGGAAAGCAAACAACCUUCUCAAACCAGGCAUCAAAGACUAAAGACCCACCUCGCUAUGAGGAUGCAGUAAAACAGACACGCAGCAUAUUAACAGCUGCUCAGGGUCCCACUGCAGCGAGCCAGGAGAUGGACGACCUGUUCGAUGUGUUGAUUGAAAGUGGAGAGAUCUCCCCUCUCAUCAGACGGGAUCCUCCCAGCCUGGAAAAGCCUCUCCCUGUGACAGCUAGCGUUACCACCCUUCCCAUCAACACGGUUCUGACCCGUCCUCCACCUUUGGUGCAGGUGGCCCAGCUGCCUGGAGCGCCGCUCGGCUCGACGGGAAACAACCUGGAAGCCCUUCUGGGGGACACGGAGGCUCAAAGACUGAAGCUGAUGGAGGAGUUGAGCUCACCUUUGGUUGAGAUGGAGAUGAACUUCAGUGAAAGCCUGCCACCUACUGGCGUGAACCUGCAAAGCACUUCUGUGGACAGCAUGGAUUGGCUCGAUCUCACCCUUUCUGUGCCUUCGGAGGGGAUUAACCCUUUGGACAUGUCGGUGCCCGACUUCCUGGACUCUCAUGAACUGAACUUGAACUGGGAUUGAGUGAUUUUUAAAGGCAGUAUGUGGACUUCAUCCUUUUUAAUACAAAAGUUAAUGAACUUUAAAAGCUAUAACUUUUUUUGUGGGGGGG